AUGUAUAAGUCAAGGCUAUAAAUAUGGCAUGGGUGCACUCAAGCUGUAUACACACAACUGAAGACCGCUUAUCAGUACUAAAACUCAAGCAAUGCAAUUCAUCGUUCUUUCCUCAUUUCUGUUUAUGCUGGGCAUUGCCCACGCAGAGAUUGUCAUGUCUCCAACAGAUACGGCUAUCUCCACAAUCAACAAGGCUGCAAAACUAGCAUCAACCAUGACAACUACCGGCACUCGAGCCAGGAGAUCCGUAAAUCUCAGACGACUAUCCACUGAAGACUUCAAUCAAUGUCAAACAAUAGCUAAUAGGGUUGUCUGUGAGACUGGCCUUCAGGAGGACCUUUACACUCUGGCACUGGAAUGCCAGCAGCAAGACACCGCUACCGUAGCUCAGUUUGCUUGUGGAAUCAAUAAUGAGAAUGGUCUAUACUGCGGUCAGGGAUUGGAGAUAAGCCAACAGUUUGAAGAAGAAGCAUCGUCCAAUUGCCGAUCGCUUUCAUCUUGCUCAUCCAGCUGUCGAAACUCGAUCACCCGUAUUCGAGACCAACUAGGCUGUUGUUCUAGUCACUGGACAAAUUUGUUAGCUGGCAGCCGAACAAACCUUGAUGGGGCAUUCUGGUCAGUUUGUGGUGUGAGCACAGGUGAACUGUGCCCUAUCCCAACAUACAACUCCACCGUUACAUCCCGAUUUUGUACACUAGCCGAAACCAGUCGAAUCCUCUUCUCUCGCCGAUGCAUGCAGAAUACAUCAGGAAUAACAGUUGAAACGCUUGCUAACACUACUGGCUGUGGAGGAGUAGCCAAGAUCCAUGUCGAAGUAUGCAGUGUCGAUUCCGAUGGAAGUUUCUGCAGUCUAAAAACUAAUCAAAGGACUUUAACAAACAUGGCCGAAAACUGUGCACAAAAUGUAGUCUCUGGAAGUGGUUGUUCUUUUGCAUGCAGAUCUUCCAUGAUAGCAUUUCGUAACGAGUUUGGAUGCUGUAUCAACAGUCUUUUCAAUGGUACUACCAUUCGAGUUGCUCCUAUAUCAGGCGCAAAUCAAGUACUUCGAUUCUUCACCAACAGUUUCUGGUCGAGAUGCAAUGUUUCUCCUCCUGGUACAUGUGAGAGCCUUCUGUUGUCUCCCAAUAUUAGGGACAAUGGAGGAGUCAAUAUUAGGGACAAUGGAGGAGUCAAGACCAGUGGUGUGAUCAGUGUUACAUUGGUGCUGAUAGUUGCACUAGCUGCUUUGUUCCUUUGAGACACGAAAACAAAAGCUAUAAUUGUAAGAACUACACACUGUGUGUAAGAAACAUUAUUACAUUACUAAAAAUUGGUGCAUAAUUUGUAUGACUUAUUGACUGCAUGAUAUUAUCUGUUUUUGAACGGGCAUACAAA